AGGGAAGAUCAUACUUGACAACGAGCGCGCAAUUUCAUACACCACGUUGUAGGUGAAAACUUAUCGCAUUGAUUUAUUAAAAAAUUUAAACAUUAUAGUACUGUCUAAUCAUUUCUAAAUCAUUUUCACUAUAUUAUUACAAAACAAGUGAAAUAUAAACAAGUUCCAAAAAUCGAGAAUCCCGGCGGUUACGUGUUUUUUGCCCUUGCCCUAGGAAAUAAGCAUACAUAGUAGGCUUUGACAAAAUGCGUCAAAAGACACGUCAUAAAUCAACGCACUCAUUCGUCGUUAACCUGCGCGGGUCUUCACAUCGCUAGUUGCCAGAUAGCUCAGUCGUGUGUAACAACGGGGUAAAACAAAAGCCAUGAACAACGAAAAAGCUGCUUGUUCAAUACAGCAUCUCCCGUGCGAGGUGUUGUGUAAAAUCUUUGACUACCUUGAUAUAAGGGACGUGAAGAAGUGUUCUCUUGUGUGUCAACGAUGGAAAGAAACAAUUUUUUCCGAUUUCUACAUCAAAAGGUUCAAGUUUAACUUCGCGAUUUCUGAACUCAGUUAUAAAACGAUACGUGUCUUAGAACAAUCGGAUCGCCUGUAUUGCAAUUUGGAUAUUAGUAAUCCGUCUAAUUCAUUGAUGGUAGAUAGCGCCCGCAUCUUUAACGUAAUUUAUAGCAUUAUUAGCUAUCCAAAGCUAGAACAAUUGGUUACGUUGAAAAUAACAAUCGAAGGGAAGCCAAAUAAUACUGUUAGAAUGAUAACGGAUGCCAUCCCACGGAUGAAAGUGCUUCGAGAACUAUAUGUUCAUAACAUGAUCGGUUGGUUUUCUAAUAGUGAUACAAAUGUGAACACCAUAAAAAUUCGUAGCAACUCCAUUCAGUUACUUGAAGUACAUCUUGUAGGACCAAUGGUUAUAAAAGCACCGCAGCUUGCGUCACUGCGCAUAUUGAUGCACCUGCGUGAGACAAUAACGAAAGAGAUGCAACGUCGCAUUGAAAAUUUGCUAUAUUCGAGUCGAUUGCCUAACCUACAAUCUCUGGAAAUCCAUAAAGCAAACGUAUUUGCCAACAUAAACAACGUACAACAUGCAUUGAGUUUUUUAUCCAAACUCGAAACACUGGAAAAAUUGGAUCUGAAAUAUGUUAACCUUAGUGGUUACUUGUUCAAAGCGAUCUGCGAAAACUGCACCAAUCUAAUGGAAUUAUCAAUUGAUUCGUUGUAUAUCAUGGACACAUCUACAUUACGUUAUCUUUCGAACCUAGCUAAGCUUCGACACAUUCAAUUCAAGAAUAUCAAGUGCCUGGAACGUGUGUCAUUCGGAUCCGUCGUGUUGCCUAACCUGGAGUCACUGGGAAUCGGUUGUUUCCCAAUGCUGUAUGACACAUUAGAGGCAUUCAAAUCUGCUACUAAAAUUACUGUUUGUGGCAUAGGCACCAGUACGGGUUUCAUAGCUGCCCUUGCAGCUAAAAUGCCGAAGCUAAAACAUGUUGAGCUCGAAAAGUUUUCCGCAAGUACAAUACAGUCGUUGAAUCGGCUCCCGAAUGUAGAACUGCUCACAGUAGCAUUUGACAUAACAAUGUUGAAGCAAGUACAGUCCAUCGUCACUACGAUCAAAGAAAUACGUUGCUUAAAGGGAGGUUUACCAUCGUUCAUGGAUGCUAAAUACUUGCAGACCCAUUUUCCCAAACUACAAUUGAUCACAGCCGGGAAAAAUGAUAAGCUCAGAAUCAAAAACUGAUGUAAUACUAUUCUAAUAGUAAAAAUUAGUGCAUAAUUUUCAACUCAUUGUAAACUGGUAUCAUUCCAACGAUGGAUAAAUUGUUAUAAAAGCAUAAUGGAAUACAAAUAAAACUAAAAAGAAAACAUUAGAA